AUGGGCAUGUACGAAGUGAACGAGUCCAACUGUUUUGAAGUCUUCGCCUUGGAUGGAGCCAGCACCAAUAUUCUUCAAUUUUGCACUGCAGCAGAAAGCACCGACUGGCUCCAAGCAAUAUCCUCAAAUAUCAGUGACUUGACACAAGAAAAUAUAAAGAUCAUCAAUAAAUACUGUGCUUCAGAUGAUCAGAUCGUUCACAUGGGCUGGGCGUGUGAAAGCCCAGAGGGCAGCACUGCUGGAAAAACUGCAGUGUUCAAGUUCCUGGCUCUGAGAGGACCAUAUUUUUAUAUCUUCACAAGUCCCCCGAUCAGUGCCACUGACUGGGGACAAGCUGAAACAACGUAUAACCUCUAUGAGGUUCUUUUCAAGGUUCACAAGCUGUGGAUGGCGGAAGACUGCUGGCUCCAGGCGAGGCUCUACUUGGGGCUGGAGCAUUCACCUGAGCAGCAGGAAAACGAGUGUCUGUGCUUCAGCAUUCUGGUCGGCCACGGCCAGAGCCACACCUUCAGGGUCGAGCUGGCCACCGACCUGGCUAUCUGGGAGAAGUCCUUCCAAAGAGCUGUCUUCUUGGAAGUGCAGCGAAUACGAUCCAAAAGCUACAUGUGCAGCAGCCAGGGGAGUGUGCUGUGCUUCACCAUAGAUUUUGGAUCGGGCUUCACCUGCUCAGAAGGCUCUUCAAAGAGUGUGCUGUGGCGCUAUAAGUUCUCUCAACUUAAAGGCUCCUCUGAUGAUGGGAAAACCAGGGUAAAACUCCUUUUCAAGAACGCUGAGAGCAAGCAAAUAGAAAUGAAGGAACUGGAGUUUGCUAAUCUGACAGCCGUCCUUCACUGCAUACAUUCUUUUAUCGCUGCCAAAGUUGCCUCCAUGGACCCUCUCUUUAUGUGCAGUCAAAGCUUCCCUGGAAAUUACAUGAACAGUUAAGAAUUCAUCGUCAUGUGCACCCGAGGCAGUAUUUUAUGCACAGAGCCAACUAAUAUGUAUAUCUUGUUCUUGCUAUUUUUGUAUGAACUCCUGAAAAAAAAAUGUUUGUAAAAAAUAUUAGAGUAGAUGAUGUAUGAAAAAUGAUUGUUGGAAGAUGUUGUUUGAUUUUUAUUAUUUAAUUUUUGCGGGAAAAACGCGCAUUAGGAAGACUGAUUCUGAUUGCAGGGGUCUAAUCUGGCACCAGUGACCAUACGAUGUGAAACUUCCAUUCAACUGACAGCAUGACACCGAUUUCCAGAUACAUCUGUCACUGUGUUUAGCAGAAAAUCGAUGAAGAGUUUUUCCUCUUGUGAGAAAUUACUUUUCUACUGACUACAUGAAUCUGAUGCUGGUUGACUAUGACAAAAGAGUUCACAUCUGCAUCAGACUCUUUCCUUUCAAGUCACCCCAGAGCUGUAAUGAAACACUAACGUUUCUUUUUUCCCUGCUCCUCUGCUUCAUUUACUUUUCUGUUGCCACGUCUGUGAAGAGGGAGAGAAGAAUGACACGACACUUCACAAUAUAAUCCAGUCCAAUAAGCCUCCAAAUAACUGAUCGCUCAGAUGAAACACAUGAAUCUUCACAGAGGCAGAGUGUACUGUUGGACUUCUUCUUGUUUGAUGGAAACGGUGAAUACAUGUUUAUGAGCAUCUCAAAAUUUAUAGUCCAACAAUAUUUCUCUUGUCUAGUCUAAAGAAGCCAUAAAACAAAAUUAUUUAAUCUUGAUCUAUUUGUUAUUACAGCCAACAGGAGGUUCAUGGACAUGCAUGCUCUCGCAAAAGCUGGUUAAAGCUAGGGUUGGAUAUCCUGUAAAAGUUAGAAAGUGCAGGCUACACUGAGAAAAAAUGCAACAGAUACAUCCUAACCCCUAUCAUCGUCAAAGCCACACCCCCAACACAUACACGCACUGCAUGACAACCGCUAGAAGACAAAUUUUCCAUGACCUGCUUGCAAGGUCAGGCUAUUAUCUCAGCUUCAGCGGUGCAUGUCUCGCUGACUAAAGACAGCCAAAUGCAGUGAGGGCACAUGCAGGGUGCGGGCCAGUAAAGACUUAGGCCAAAUGCAGUGAGGGCACAUGCAGGGUGCGGGCCAGCAGUCAGUGAGCUAGUACGCCGGCCAAUCAUUUCACUCAGUCUCUCCUGUGAGGGCCACAGUCAGCAGCUUUUUGUCUUUUGUUUUAAGACUUUAUUUAUUGAUGGCUAUUCAACAAAUAAGGUAUAAAGUGUUUCAGAAACAACUUACCAGUCCUGCCUAUAACACACAGCAUGAGCUGCUAAUACACCAUGAAAUACAAUAUCCCUCACUGGUGAGUAAUGACAUUAGACUGUUGGUUAGCUGGCCAAACUGGAAGACACAGGAGGCAGCCCUUUCACAUGGAGACAUUCCCUCACGUCAGCAAAAAGAAUGGGCUCCUCGUGGAAGGCUAAUGGUCUCAUCUGUGUUCAUUUGUUAUGCACCAACCAGCCGAGCAGGCACAGCCCUAGCUGUUUCAUUGUCCUUUGUCAUAUGUAAACACGUACACCUGGAGGACAGCCAUCUUGUAAGAGGUAGGGCAAAAAAAGACUGAUCAUGACUAAGCAUAAAUUUUGGCUAAACCUGUGUAAUGGAUUACAUUACUCACGCCAUUUUCUGCCAGUGAAUCUAGUUUUGGUUUGAUAUGGUGUGUUGAUGAGACCAGUAUGGCAAUCAUGUGGUAGUUUUUCUUUCCUCACUACCUGGAAUGUUAUUGAUGUUAUAUUUCUAUUAAAAACAACAGGACAAUGGUUGUUUUUAAUUGGAGGUACCUGUCCUAUCCAGUAACACUGGGUAUGGCCAGCGCUGGGAACCACCACUCCCUAACUUUAUUUUGGACUUUCAUGCCAGUGACAAUGUCAGUUACAGAGGAUACAGGGUUAUUAAGAUAAUAUUUGAUCACAGCUUAUCAGUGAGCUGAAUUUGACAUGAUUAUACCUUUGGCGUGUCUUUGUUUAAUGAAUACAAAAUAAACCCUAAUAUGUUGAAAAUGUCUCUCUAAGCCUGUUUCCUUAUUUGAAAGUGGAGCUUUUGACGCCUCAUGUUCCAUGAAGCAGGAGAAAAAUGUAACCGAAUCCACUUCAUACACGGUUUCAUGGCAAAGAACCUUUUAACUUGUAUU